AUGGAGGGGCUAAACGAAAUCCCCAAGCCUACCCAUCGGCAGGCUGGUCUGCUAGUUGUGGUAGAUGAUGCUGUUGCGGAACACUUUCCCACUGGAUCAACUGUCAAAGAUGCUCGCUCCCAUGGCGCUAGCUUUUGGACGCGCACUGCCCGAAUUGAUGUUGAGGUAGCCGACAAAUCAGUCCAGCGAUACUUCCUCAAAGAGUCAAAUGGCGAACUUGGGAUGAGUAUGAUGCGGGGAGAAUGCGAAGGAGCAAAGAUCAUCUACAAAUACACGCCUGAGGGCAUUCCUCGUCCCAUUGCAUUUGGUACCUACAAGUCUGAUCCCAACACACACUUUUACCUGUGCAAGUUUAUGGACAUGAUCGAAGAGCUUCCAGACAUCCGCAAGUUCUCAGCCAUGCUUGCAAAGCUCCAUCACGAUAGCAUGGUUGACGAGGAGGCCCCAAAGGAGUUUGGGUUUCAUGUCAUGACACACGAAGGUAGCAUGUACCAGGAUAUUUCCUGGGCGCCGACCUGGGAAGAGAUGUAUACCCGCCGGUUCAAGUCUUUUGCAGAUCAGGAGCUGGCAUCCCAGGGCCCAAGUGAGGAGCUUGAUAAAAUUGUUCAAGAGUUCAUGGACAAGGUUAUCCCUCGCCUCUUGCGUCCGCUCACGACAAAGGGUCGCUCCAUCAAACCGGUGGCUCUUCACGCUGACAUCUGGUACGGUAACAUAGCUACUAAUGCUGAUACUGGUGGACCUGUCUAUUUCGAUCCUUCUGUAUUCUGGGGCCACAACGAAUUUGACGUCGGUAACAUGGCCACGCCGCGCUACCGACUUGGUCGACACUGGAUGAGAGAGUAUCACAAAUUCUUUCCCAUCUCUGCCCCAGAGAAAGACUACGAAGAUCGUAAUCUCCUCUAUCGUAUCAGCGGACAUUUCUGCGCUUCGACUCUGUAUCCAGACAACAACAGCUUCCGGAAGAUGGCAAUUGAGGAUAUGAAGAUUCUUCUUGCCAAGUAUCCAAACGGCUACCAGGGUGAAUAA